AUGUCUCUUAAACGCAAGGCGGCAGAUAUUGUUGCCGCCGAGGCCAAGAAGCCAAAAGCCAACAGCUCAAUCACCAGCUUCUUCGGUCCUCCAAAGACUCCAUCAACGUCAUCAACCAACCCGUCCAAAGACUCGACCGACCCUCCUCCUGCCCCUGCAGUCAAGUUUGACAAAGAGAAAUGGGUCGCUGGCCUUAGCGAGGAACAAAAAGCAUUGCUCAAGCUCGAGAUUGAGACGCUGGAUGAGUCGUGGCUGGCCGUCUUGAAAGAAGAGAUCACAACCAAGUCUUUCCUCGACCUGAAGAAGUUCCUGAAGAGCGAGGCCGAGGCUGGCAAGAAAAUCUUCCCUCCGUCACAAGAUGUUUACAGUUGGUCGCGACACACGCCGCUUAACACCGUCAAGGCCGUCAUCCUCGGUCAAGAUCCAUACCAUAACCACAACCAGGCCCACGGUCUUUGUUUCUCGGUCAGGCCCCCGACUCCCGCUCCUCCAUCCCUCCAAAAUAUCUACAAAGCAUUGAAGAAAGAGUAUCCGUCUUUCGAGCCCCCGCCGAACAAGGGAGGCUUACUCACGCCUUGGGCUGAUCGCGGUGUCCUGAUGUUGAACACCUGCCUCACUGUACGCGCCCACGAGGCUAACUCACAUUCCGGCAAGGGCUGGGAGAAAUUCACACAAAAGGUCAUCGACCUAGUUUGUCAGAAGCGCGCUCAUGGUGUUGUCUUCUUGGCCUGGGGCUCGCCUGCCCAGAAGCGUUGUGCAGGUAUCAACGGCUCCAAGCACUAUGUCCUCAAGAGCGUCCAUCCUAGCCCUCUGAGUGCCCACAAGGGCUUCUUCGACUGUGGCCACUUCACAAAGGCAAAUGAAUGGCUGAAGGAGAGAUACGGCGACGAUGGUGUGAUCGAUUGGAACCUCGAUAUUGCUCCUGAAGACGCUGGCGUCUAG